GGCAGCAGACGCAAACCGUUCUUUUCAUUCCGUGUCUCGUCUCAGCACCAUGCUCCAGCUGCUAAAGAGGUGUCUGGCUCUCCUGUUGUUAUAUCAGAGUUGCCUUACAGUGUACUGUGAUGAUGUUGUCUAUAUGAAUGGAAUAGAAGGACAGAAUCUGACAGUGCCAUUCACCUUUAAGAACACAAUUCAAUCCAACAGCCGUGUGUACGUAUACCAAGACAGCACAAAGACUCACUCCUGCAACAUAUCCCAGAAACUUUGCUUGCCUUCUGUAAACCAUACACUACUCACCAUCUACAUCAAGAGUGUUUCCCAGGGAAAAAUCUGUCUGAUUUUCCCACAUCUCGUGCACAGUGGAGUAUAUAACCUUGCUGUAUUUGCGGAUAUAAAUAUGGAAGAAAGCAACAAAGUGAACUUGACUGUACACCCUGCUAAGUACACAACAAACACCACAGUUGCAGCUGCCUCACCCAAUAACACAUCCUUCCAACUGGAGCAACUCGAAAAGAACCUCAGCAUAUGGAUGUUUGUUCCUCUGCUGGUUGUAGUGGUGAUGUUGCUGAUUGUUCUGUUUGGCACAUUUUACUGGAGGUACAGGUGGAAAACAGAGAAAACUGCAGAUGUAAACUCCACAUCACCACCACAGGUGAUUCCUGAUGUUACCUGUGUCGAGUACUGUGUUCUGGAUUUUCCGGAUCGACCUGGAGAGAAAGUGAGGAGCUCAGAAGACCGAGUGGAGUACUCCCCUAUCAUGUUUCCGCCAAGAAAACCCGCAGCACGAGACAAUGAGACAAAAUCAACCACACAAAAAAGCAAGACAAAAGUGACAACACUGCAGCAUGAGGCGAGAGAAACAGGCAAAGUGUCUGACAAACCAAAAGCAUCAAAACCUAAACACCAGAGAGGUCAAAAAAAAGCACAAUGUCAAGUUCAAAAGGCACAAGUGUGAUUCAUAUAAAGAGAUUUUAGGCCAUUAAAUCUACUGUGCUCCUUUUUAGUUUUUCAGAAAGUAUUUUUUGCCAGGCAUAUUUCGGGACUCACUGCUACAUCCCUGAUGCUCGCGGCUCAUCCUGACCAAAUGUCUCUUCAGGUGCUCUGUUUUAAGGUUCAGUCUAUUACAGUUUAAUCAUAUUCCUGCAGUGGUGAUAAAGUGCCUUUGUUCACUUUCAUUCAAAAUCUGCAACAAGAAACAUGGCACAACAACUGAGAAAAUUCAUAGAAUGUACUGUAAAAGUGAACAUUUUUUCCCUUAAUUGGUUCACAACUGUUUGUGCACCCUACAUUCUACAUAAUCCUAUUGCAGUGCUGAUACUGUAUCUCAGUGUGGUCACACACAUCUUUAUGUCAUUAGUGUUAUUCUGCAGUUCGUCUUGUCCUGCUACAGUCUGAUAAGCGCUGAUACUUUACCUUUUGUAAUAAACGAUGAUGGGAAUUGGAUGAAGGAAUUAAGAGGGAUGUCGCAGUGGGUUUCAGGAAUAAAACAUACCCAGAAAGCUUUGCUUUACUUGAGUACUUCUUACCCAGUAAAAGUGGGUAAGUUACUUACCCACUUUUGAGUGAAGAAGUAAAGUGGUCAAGGCCACAUUGUUAAUAGUAUUGAAACACAAUGAUAUGCUUGGUGUGAGGAUACAAAGAGAAUGUUUGUGUGCAUUUGGGAGAAAUGUUGCUGUUUAAAUACACCACACACACAAAAUAACAGCAAAAAAAAUAGACUCUGUGUGUGUGUUUGUGUGCAUUGCAGUGCAAUGCGCCCUUCAUUCUUAAGUGACAACCACAUGCACCAUGGUGUGAAAUACCUAAUGGCACCCACACACACAUAAACACACACAGUUGUCUAUUUUGCUUUAUUGUUGUGUGUGCCUAAAUCAUCACGCAUAAACUGCUACACCACAUUUUAUUAAAUGUAGUAAAUACAGUAUAUAGUCAGACUGAAAAGUCAAUAACCAAUGUUAAUGUAUUGAACAAAAACAACAAUCUUAAUAGGUUUUGUUAAAUCCUCAAAAACAUAAAACGGGUUAAGAAUGUGUGUAAAGGUUAACAUGUAGAAGUUUGUAAGUCGAAAAUGCAAAAUUAAGUUUAUAUAGUUUUACUCUUAUUGGGUCCUGUCUUUUCAGUCUGCCUGCAUUCUACUAGUAUAGCAAAGAAUAUCAGUAUGAUGAUAUACAACAAUAAUCUAUUAUAGGUAUUUUGUACCCGUGUAUAUGCUGCCAAACAAUUAGGAUCUGCAAAUUAAAUCAAAUUAAAUCUGCAAAAAAAAAAAAUCUUUCUCAAAAUAAAACUACAUUGAGAGAGUUUUUAACAUUUUGUGUUACAUGCUGUAAAGAGUGUCUGAAGGGUUACUGUAUAUUUAGUUCAUGCGCAGAACACACUCUUUUUUCAUACCCUUAUGCCAAAAAACUUACUUUGUAUGUCGAUAAAAGAUU